UCUCUCCCCCUCCAAAAGAAAUAGUCUCCAACUUCUUGUGAACUGAAUAAAUAAGACUUGAAGGCCUUCCCAUGGAAGCUGAUUUUCUUCCUCAACACAUUAUUAUUGUUAUCCUUAUUAUUUUGUACAUCCACAUUCCACCAUUGUCAACCACCCGGGCACCCGGCCAGACACAAACUAAACACCUGACGGCCAACGUAAGAAACCAAAAAUGGCGACUUAUCAUUAUCGGAGUUUGACACUCAUCAUUCUCGCCGGAGUCCUUAUAUCUGCUGAGCUAUGUGGAUGCAUUGAUGGAGGGAUAAGGUUGGGUUCAAGAUUGUUAGCUAAGGACGACGGCGUGAAGCGCUGUUGGGUUUCUGACAACGGAACCUUUGCCUUCGGCUUCACGCCCACCACUAGCGGCGGCUCUAGCACCAAACGGUUUCAGCUAGCGAUUUGGUUCGCACAGCUUCCUGGAAAUCCUACAUUAGUCUGGUCCCCUAACAUGCAAAUAAAUCAACUGUUUGGCCAACACACCAUUCAUCAAUUUUCUCCUCUUAAUAAUCUUGAAUAGAAACUCCCCAGUCAGCAAAGAUGCAAUCUUGGAGUUAGAUACCUCCGGUAGCCUCACCCUCACCGAUGGCAGCACCACUGUCUGGACAUCAAACACCUCUGACGCAGGGGCCGAGACGGCAUCUGUGUCAGAAACGGGCAACCUCCUCCUCCUAACCCACAACAGAACCAUCCUUUGGCAGAGCUUCUCACAUCCAUCUGAUACUCUCCUACCAGGACAACCAUUAAUGGCCUCCAUGGAACUUAUCUCAUCCUCAGCUUUCCCUUCUCCAGGAUACUACACACUGAAAAUGUUACAACAGCCCACCUCUUUAAACCUUGCUUUGACCUAUAAUGUCCUUGAAACUCUGGAUUACUCGCCCGAGUCAUACUCAAACUACUCCUACUGGUCUGGACCGGACAUCUCAAAUGUGACUGGAAACGUGGUCGCGAUUCUGGAUGAGAAGGGGAGCUUCGGAAUUGUGUAUGGCUCGUCUUCCGCUGGUGCCGUAUAUGUGCACAAGAAUGAUGGCGAUGACGAUGAUGGGUUAUCAUCUGCCACAACCCAAUCCGUGACAUCCAACCGACUCCUAAGGCGGUUAGUUCUAGAGAGCAAUGGGAAUUUAAGGCUGUACAGAUGGGACAGUGAUGUUAACGGGACAAGCCAGUGGGUCCCGGAGUGGGCAGCAGUGUCGAACCCGUGUGACAUCGGCGGAAUAUGUGGCAAUGGUAUAUGCAGUUUAGACAGAACCAAGACGAAUGCUUCUUGCCGCUGCUUGCCAGGGAGUAACCCAUUGACUGGAACUGAUGUCCAGUGUUACCAGAACUCCUCCCUAACCGGGAAAUGUGACCGCCAUCACGAGAACCUGACCGGAGGUCACUUCAAGAUGGAAACAGUCCAGCAGACAAACUACUACUUCUCCAAGAAAUCAGUGAUAGCGAAUUACAGUGACACUGAGAGUUUAUCCAAAUGUGGGAACGCCUGCUUGUCUGACUGUGACUGUAUAGCUUCUGUGAAUGGGCUUCUUGAGGAAAAGCCUUACUGUUGGCUCCUCAGUAGCCUGGAAUUCGGGGGGUUCGAAGACCCAAGCUCAACUAUGUUCGUGAAAGUGGAGAGCAAUGGCUCAUUCCAGGGGGGGAACGGUACAAGGAUGAGGGCGAGAGGGUCAUCAAUGGAUAAGAAUGAUCGUGACAAGGUUUUGGUGCUUCCCAUUGCAUUGAGCAUGAGUCUACUGACUCUACUCAUUGGACUCCUGUUUUGCUUGUUGUAUAUCAGCAUUCACAGAAAGAGGUCACUGAGGAGAGCUCUGGAAAGCUCAAUGAUGCUUUCUGGAGCUCCAAUUAGCUUUGCUUAUCGCGACUUGCAAUCCAGGACCAGCAACUUCUCUCAUUUGCUGGGAACAGUUUAUGUUGUCAGGUGGAUUUGGGAGUGUAUUCAGUGGUGCGCUCGGAGAUGGAACAUUGAUUGCAGUAAAGAAGCUUGAUAAAGUUUUACCACAUGGAGAGAAAGAAUUUAUCACAGAGGUGAACACCAUUGGUUCCAUGCAUCAUAUGAACCUCGUCCGCCUCUGUGGAUUCUGCUCCGAUGGAACAAAAAGGCUUUUAGUGUAUGAAUUCAUGAAGAAUGGAUCUCUGGACAAGUGGAUCUUCCCUUCAUUCACUAACAAGGAUAGGCUGUUAGAUUGGCCAACACGCUUCCGGGUAGCCCUUGGGACAGCACAAGGGAUUGCUUACUUUCAUGAGCAAUGUAGGAACAGGAUCAUACACUGUGACAUCAAACCAGAAAACAUACUCCUGGAUGAGAAUUUCUGUCCAAAAGUGUCUGAUUUCGGGCUGGCUAAACUGAUGGGGAGAGAACACUCCCAUGUUGUGACAAUGAUCCGAGGAACCAGAGGAUACCUGGCACCAGAAUGGAUCAGCAACCGUCCCAUUACAGUGAAAGCUGAUGUUUACAGCUAUGGUAUGCUUCUUCUUGAAAUUGUCGGCGGCCGGAGAAAUCUUGACAUGAAGUUCAAUGCAGAUGACUUCUUUUACCCAGGGUGGGCGUACAAGGAGAUGACAAAUGGAACACCAUUGCAAGUUGCA